CAAGAUCCGUAGAUUUCCAAUGACUUAUAAUAACUUUACGUUACAAUGGAACAGUUUCUAUCUACAUUUCGUUCAGUUAGCUGCAUACGUUAUUUCUUAAUUUCGCGUUUAUUAUAAUAUAAACGGAUGGGUCCCAAUUAUUUUGAGUUCAAUUCUAAAAAAACGGCGGACAUUCUACAGUUCAGGAAACAAUUACGAUAUACAGACUAUGGCCAUUCAAAUUUGCCGCAUUUUAUUCAGUAUUUAUUUAUUUCAUGAAGUUAGCACCUAGAUCUGGGUCCAUGCGUCAUCCGUCAUAUUUUGUUUUGGUACGGGUCUAAGUUGGCGCCGUCUUCGGUUCGGUUAAUAGUGAAUUGUUUCCUUACAAAUUAAAAUGGAAAGUAUAGUGGAAACUUUACUAAAUCCUUCGGUUAUCUUUGGUUUAUUCGUGGGUGUUUUCAUCUCGCUUCUGUUCUAUUACAUUUUAUCAACAGACACUAAAGCAGUUGAAAAAAUAUCAAAGAAGAAGUUACCAGCUAAGAAUGUGAAACAGAAUCAGUCCCAACAAAAACAGAAAUCUAAAGAUUCGCAUUGGAUACCUCUGAAAAAGCAUUCUACCCAUCCUUCACAUGUAGCAUCUUUUAAGGGUCAUACAGGAGAGGUGCUCCAUGCAGACUUUUCCACUAAUGGAAAAUACCUGGCUACAUGCAGUGAUGACGAUCCAGGUUCAACAUCAGCUGAGGACAGUGGAGGAAGUAUAAGUAGUUCAAGUGACAGUAACAAGGAAAAUAUACUUUCUAAAAGUAAUAAACUUGGACCAAACUUAUCAAGAAGGCAGAAAAAGAACAGAAAACCUGUACAAAAGAAUGGCAAAGAAAAUUUUAGUAGCAAUACCUUCAAUUUGAAAAAACCUGUAACGGUUCCUUGUGGAAUAGGUCUAACAGAGAGCCAACUAUAUGCACUCUUGAACGAUUUUACUCUCUUGCCUGAACAACUCUUCACCAAUGGCUAUCCUGAUUUGAACGAGGCAAACAACAAAGUUCGAGUUCUUAGGCAAUGUUUUCCAAGCCCUCUUAAAGUAUUUCAUAAUAGGAAAAAAUGUGAUUCUUAUACUGAUUCUGAUCAGAAUUCAAACAGUUCUGAUAGUUGUGAAGAUAAUGAAUUAACAAAAUUGAGCUUAGGAUCAUCACAUGAUUUGAAACAGGUCAAUGCUAUUGAAAGAAAUUGUGUUAGAUGUAAAACUGGAUUUUUCAUCACUAACGAUGAAUACUUAACAAAAGAACGUUGCUACUACCAUUGGGGUAAAUUACUGCACUACAGUUUCACUUGUUGUAAAAAGUCGCCAGGUUCAAUUGGAUGCACAACUGCAAAACUUCAUGUUUGGAAUGGAACUGUUGCUGGAAUAAAUGAGCCUCUAGAAGGAUUUGUGAAAACCAAAUCUUCUAAAAAAGAGAAGAAACAAAAGGUUUAUGCUUUGGACUGUGAAAUGUGUUAUACAGUGAAAGGACUCGAACUGUGCAAAGUUACCAUUCUUUCUUUUAAUGGAUCUAUUGUGUAUGAUCACUUUGUGAAACCAGAAAAUGAAGUUGUGGACUAUAAUACAAGAUAUUCAGGAGUGACUGAAAGUGAUGUUAACAGUUUGACAUCCAAGACAUUUUCAAAAGUGCAAAGUGACAUUUUAAAAUUGGUAACUAAAGAUACCAUUUUAAUAGGACAUGGUUUAGACAAUGACUUGCGUGUACUCAAACUUUUACAUUCUAAAAUUGUGGAUACUGCUUUGAUUUUUCCUCAUGAACGUGGUUAUCCUUUCAGGUAUUCACUGAAACAUUUAAUGUGGACAAAUCUCCAAAAAAAAAUACAAACAUCUGAUUCUGGACAUAGUCCUUAUGAAGAUGCUUUGAGUUGUUUAGAGUUAAUAUUUUUUAAGAUUCGAAAGCAGCAUGAAUCUCAGUAUUACAAUUUUCUUAAGAAUAAUUCCUAUUAUGUUUGAUGAUAUAUAUUCAAAACCUUCCUCAUACUGUACCCAUUGUGCUUCUUAUUUAUUAGCUCCAUUUAUUAUUCCUCUCUUCAUCAAAUCUUUCUCAUUGCAUGUUAUAAUGCCUUUAAUUUGUAUAAAAACUUGGUGCAUCUCAAUUUUAAGAUAUUAUUUUUGGAAAUCUAUGUGAUAAGAAUUAGUGAUAUCAAUCUACCAUCGAAAUUCGGCUGUUUUAUUUUCUGUUAUGAUUUUUUGUAUCUUUUUUAUUCAACAUGGACAAUUAAACCGACAUAACUUGUUCGAUCACAAUCCUUUCAUAGUUGUGUUUUUAUCAGACUAAUGAACAAAUUUUUUCUUGUAAUUAUUAUUAUCAGAUGAAGUCAGUUUUUUUAUUUAUAUCAAAAAUUGUAAUUACUAAUGUUGAAUAUAUUACAUUUUUUUUUGUGAAACGGUAUUACUUUCUCAACUAUAGGUCAACUUUAUUCAUGAAUGAUUACGGUGAUAUAGUUCCUAAAAGUAUGGGACCAAAAUACUCUAAAAAUGUAGUCAAUGUAAGUAAAAAUUGUAAUACAUACAAUUGAAUGCAUUUUUUAAAACAAUAGAACUUCAAUAAUGGUGAAGUCCUUAGAUUUUAUAUUUUGAAAUAAUUGUUAAUUCGAAAUGAUUGUACUGUGUUUAAGCUUGAAAUUUUACAAAUCGUUUAUACACCAAUAAGUUGUUUACAAUGGCUGUGUUGUGAAUUUAUAAGAAAUAUUUUAAUAAUAUAUAAGUGAUUAUACAAA